AUAGAUCACUUUUCGCUGUGCAACAUAGGAAUGGAAAAAUUUCAGACAGCUUUUAACUUUAAAAGACUCAAGAUGUUACCCAAAAGAUGGCUUCCCCAUCCGGCUCUGCUGCUGCUCCUCCUGGUUAGUGUUGGUCUCAUCCAGGAAUCCCAGCCAGCUAGCUUCUGCACCAAGACAGAUCAGUGUGCCCUGGACGAGGAGAUAAAGACAGUUGCAGCGCCCGCUCCAGUGCAAGCCCGCUACGACCACACCCGCAUCUACCAGGUGGAGUUGGCCAGCGAGGAGCAUGUGCGGAUCUUCCAGGCCCUGGAACUGGCCAGCGAUUCGUGCUCCUUCAUGGGUCACGCCCGCCAGCCAGGUCAAAAACUGACCAUCAUGGUGACGGCUGCCAAGGUGGCGGACUUCGAUGACCUGGUGCACAGCUACAAUGUGACCCACAGGGUGCUGAACCACAAUUUCCAGGCCCUGAUCGACGCCAACUACCGCGAGGUGGCUCCCGAAGGCACAGCACCCGAGCAAUUCGACUGGAAGCGCUAUCACUCGCUGGAGAGCAUCAACGCCUGGCUGGAGAGCCUGGCCAAGAAGCACCCCGAGGUGGUUACCCUGGUCCAGUUGGGUGCCAGCACCCAGGGAAGGCCCAUUCAGGGUGUGAAGAUCGCUUUUGGCGGGGAGAACAAAACCUCAGUCUUCGUGGAGAGCGGUAUUCAUGCCCGUGAGUGGAUAGCUCCGGCCACGGCUACCUAUAUCAUUGACCGACUGGUGAACUCCGAGGAGCCUGCCAUCCACGAGCUGGCGCGAUCCCAGAACUGGUACAUCUUCCCCACCGUAAAUCCCGACGGCUAUCGGUACACCUUUCAGGGGGAUCGCAUGUGGCGCAAGAACCGAGCUCUCUUCGGCAUCUGCCGUGGUGUAGAUCUCAACCGGAACUUCCCCUUCCACUGGAACGUGACGGGAGCCAGUGGAGAUCCCUGUCGCUACGAUUACUCCGGCCCAUCUGCAUCAAGUGAGGUGGAGACCCAAAGGAUGGUGGAGUUCAUAAGGAGCCGCGUCCAGUCGGAACGCAUCCGGACCUUCAUAGCCCUGCACAGCUACUCGCAGAUGAUCAUGUUUCCCUAUGGACACAGCGCCGAGCGGGUGGACAACUAUCAGGAUCUGAAGGAGAUUGGCCAACUGGCGGCCAAGACGAUCUACGAACUGAGCGGCAGGCUCUACAGGAGUGGCAGUAUCUACGAGACCAUCUAUCCCUCGGCCGGUGGCUCGAAGGAUUGGGCUCAUGGCGAGCUGAAGAUACCAAUCACCUUCUCGUACGAGCUGCGUGGACCGGCGGACAGCGAGGAUCUGUUCAUCUUGUCCGCCAGGGAGAUCGAACCCACGGCCAGCGAAGCCCUCGCCUCCAUUAAAACGAUCGUGGAGGAGGCCGGCAAACGUGGCUAUUACCAGUGAUCACCGAGCUCCCGCUCCCCCAGCUCGAACUGCAGCUCGAAAAAUCCACAGCCACAUCCAAAGCCAAAUCCAAAUCCAUGAUGAUGAUGAUAAAUGUCGUCUGGCCUGGCAGUUCACAUGAAAAACACAUUACGCGCCAUCGUUUCUUAAUGCUAAAUAAUGAUGGCAAAAUCAUGACACAAAACCUCAUAAUAAUGUUGGUAAAUCAAAGCAAAUAUAGUCAGAGUCGAGCAACCUUACAGAAAUAGUUGCAACUAUUACA